AUGACGGAGACCAAACGAUCCAGCGGCACCAUCAAGUGGUUCAGCGCCAGAAAGGGCUUCGGUUUCGUCGCUCCCGAUGACGGCGGCGAGGAUCUGUUCGUCCACCAGACCUCCAUCCAAUCCGAAGGCUUCCGGACCCUCUUCGACGGCCAGGCGGCCGAAUUCUCCGUCGAUUUCGCGGAGGACGGCCGCUCCAAGGCCGUCGAUGUCGCUGCCAUCUCCAGAUCUCGCCGCCCUCCUCCGCGCGGUGGCGGAGGCAGGGGAUUCCACGCCAGGAGAGGCAGAGGCGGCGGAGGCUACGGAAGAGGGAUGAGAGGCGGUGGCCGGUCCGGUGGAGGCGGGUACGGGGAUGGUGGUGGUGGGGGCGGCGGGGAGUGUUACAAUUGUGGGCGAUUUGGUCAUUUAGCUAGGGAUUGCUACAGCGGCGGCGGAAGAGGAAGCCGAAGGUACGGCCGCGGUGGUGGAUAUUCCGGUGGGAGAGGCGGAGGCGGAGAAUGUUACAGGUGUCGAAUCUGGAAUCAAGAGGGAGAGAGAGUCGUCGGAUCGGGUUCUGGGUUCGAGAAGGAGAAGGAGUCACCGGAUCGAGUUCUGGGUCUCCACAACGGCAGCGGCGGCGGCGACAGAGGAGUUCAGAAAGGCGCUGGCUGGGCGAGCAGCAAAUACAUCGCUCCUGCCCUCUCUCCGGUGACGGCAUGGUCCAUAUCAACAAAUCGAGAAAGUGAUGAGGGGAUUUCAUAG